AUGUCCCCAGCAGGAGUACCCUCAGACACAGCACCACCAGCCCCAGCAGCUCGAGUGCCAGAGCUGCUGGGGCGAGGGAGUCUCGCCAGGACGCUGCUGCGGCUGCCUCUGGCCACCUCCGAACCCCCCACGCUGCACCGCUCCACCGCGCCCGCCACCCGCUCCGCCGCCGCCACUACUGCCACCACCUCCUCCACCACCCCCACCACCGCCGCCGCCGCCACCACCCCCUGUGCCGCCACUGACUCCCCCACCACCCGCGCCACUCCCACUUCCGCCACCACUCCCGCCCCCCCCACCCCCUCCACCGCCGCCGCCCCCACCUCCACCUCCACCACCUCUGCCCCCCUUGCCCUUGCCGCUCUUGCGCCUCCCACUGGGAGUAGACGCAGCCCCGAUUCCCUCAGCUCCGAGGGUGCGGGGGUCACCACGAGAGCCACCUACAGCUACAAUGCUCUUCUCAGCUGCUAG